AUGGUUGCAUAUUCCGACGCUGACUGGGCAGGCUGCCCUGACACCCGUGGUUCUACAUCCGACUACUGCGUCUACCUGGGCCUUCCCUCAUCUCUUGGUCGUCCAAAUGACAACCGACGGUGUCUCGCUCUAGUGCUGAGGCAGAGUAUAGGGCGGUGGCUAACGGCGUUGCCGAAUGCUCCUGGUUGCGGCAGCUUCUUGAGGAGCUUCAUCACGAUGUUUUCCGGCGGCCGCACCAAACGUUUCUUUCCGCUUUUGCUGCGUACUACUCUUGUUUUCUACCCUGCUCGGCAAGAGCGACCCCGCCCAACCCAUUCCCUUGCCCUGCUCGGCACGAGCGACCCCGGCGAAAACAAGCCAUCCGACAUGUCCGGCAGCUUGGCGUUCCCCAGCCGGGCGGUGGCCAACAUGAUGCGGCGAUGGAAUUACCGGGAAGGCUCGGGCCUCGGCGCGCAGGGGCAAGGGAUCGUCCUGCCUAUACGGGCCGUCGUGCGGGUGCGGCGACGUCCAAAGGCCGGCCUCGGCUACCGUGAGAAACCAUACGACAAUGGUCUCCACGUGCCGCCGGAGCCUCCCGUGGAUGAGGAGUGCCGCGAGUGGGAGGAUAUUGCGCGGGCCAUGCGGCUCGAAACCGAGUGCUGCGAGACGAUCCUCGCGCUCCUGCAUGACAUGAGGCUCCAACGGGACGACAGCGUGGAGACGGCGGAUGCGCUCAAGGCCGUGGCUAAGUCCAAGAAGGCGCUCCGUGGGAAGCGCGUGCCAGGGACGUUCAAAGCCAGGCUGCCUCCUUCCGCCGCGCGCUACAUAAUCGAGCAGGUGAUCAUGCCGAGGAUGGUCGCCGGCGUGCGAGAGUGGAAGCCGUCGUCAUGGGAUCCGGACUGUGGCGACUGGCUACGCCCGUGGAUUCCCCUCAUCGGACACUUGCCAGAGAGCCUCUACGACAUCGUGGAGAGCAAGAUCAGCAACUGUGGUUACGAAGUCGUAUCGCCAUGGAAGGAAUACCUUAACCCGGUGCAAUGGGACACCUUCAGCAAACGUGACAUCUUGCCAUAUCUAACACGGUUAGUACGGGAGAUGAGGAUCACGCCGCCCAAGCAGACCGACCCUUCGUUCCGAACCGUCAUGUUAUGGGCACCUCUCGUGCGCGCUCAAGACGUGAUGUCCAUCCUUGAGGCCGAACGGUUCUUCGACAAGUGGGAAGGCGCGCUGCGACGCUGGCUGCAAGCCGCCAAGCCCUCGUUGGGGGAGGCCACCGCAUGGUGCACUGGAUGGAAGAAGCUCUUCACACCGGAGCUGCUCACCGACGAAAGUGUGCUCGCGCAUCUUGAUGCUGGCCUUGAUAUGGUCGAUCCUGUAAUGCAAGACCUCGACAGUCUUUUUAGCAAGUUGUAGU